AUGAAGCGUUUUGAAGCAACAGCUGCAGUGACUGCAGUAACACGCUCUCUUAUAGCGAUCACUGGUAACGGCGGGCUGCUAAUGUUCAUGAAGCUGGUGGCGAUGUACUCCUGCGCUUUUGUGACAGUGGUCAUUAGUUUGGAUAGACAGUCCGCCAUCCUCAAUCCGCUGGGAAUCAGUGAGGCCAAAAGGAAGAGCAAAGUCAUGUUGGCUGUGGCCUGGACCAUGAGUGUCAUCCUUUCACUCCCUCAGAUGUUUAUAUUUCGCAAUGUGACCAUCACGGUGCCAGAGAAGUUCACCCAGUGCACCACCCAUGGCAGUUUUGUCCAGCGCUGGCAGGAGACCCUUUACAACAUGUUCACGUUUGUGUGCCUCUUCCUUCUACCUUUGGCCAUCAUGAUCUUCUGCUACACACGAAUCCUCAUUGAGAUAUCCAGCCGCAUGGCUCGGAAUAACUUCCUGUCAAGAGAUGUUCAUCUACGCCGAUCCCACAAUAACAUCCCUAAAGCUCGGAUGAGAACUCUUAAAAUGAGCAUUGUCAUUGUGACGUCAUUCAUCAUCUGCUGGACCCCGUACUAUCUGCUUGGAUUGUGGUAUUGGUUGUUCCCUGAAAAAAUGGAAAAGACAGUUUCGCAUUCACUGACUCAUAUGCUGUUUAUUUUUGGCCUUUUCAAUGCCUGUCUAGAUCCCAUCACCUACGGUCUGUUUACCAUUCAUUUUCACAAGGGUAUGAGGAGAUGCCGUCAAAGUUCAAACGCACGGACUGAAUUAGAAAACAACACUCGCCUUGUACAAAUGAGUCGGCUGUCCUCUCGCAGGCAGAUUGCCUCAGAUGUUCACAGUGCAAGCACAGAGGUGGUAAGAGAAAGCAACAUCAUGAAGCAUGUCUCAAACCCAGACAUGUCAAUCAGCAAGAUAUGA